UUGCGUACGCCGGCUUUCGCUCUUAUAAUCAAGAUAUUUAUAUAGUAUCAGCAGUUUGACUUUGGCGGAGACAUGGCUCGUACACUCUUACUUAAAUUAUUUUGUCUGCUUGUGAUAUUGUCGAUGCUAGAUAGUGCAGAAGCUCGCCGCAGGAAGAAAGAGAGAUCUGGGCAUGCUAAAUUGUCACGUCGCUCGAAAACUGAAAGAUUGUUAGACCUUAAAGUUGGAAACAGGAAACGGUUCCUCAGACUAAAGAAACGUCAGUUGCGGAGAGUUAAUAAAAGACUGUCACGCAAAAAAUUGGAUGUGGGAUAUUUCUCCUCAUCUGAUGAAACUGUUGGUUGCUUAGAAGAAUGCAUAAAUGAACUGACAAACCAGAAUUGCACAAGUCGCUGUUUGGAACAAAUGCACAACGGAUUCAAUUACGUUAAGGAUAAUAAGGCUAUAACGGUGGAAAAUAAUGAGGAUAAACUGUUAGUAAUGGACACAAAUAUACUGUUAGACACCAAACUUGCCCAGCAUGAAAAGAAAGUACUUAAAAAUGGCAGAGGCAAAGGCAGAGGCAAGAAAACACGUAAGCGGACGGUAUUUGUUCCCAACAUGGUCGAUAUACAGAAUAGUACAGGAGUUAUAAAACUCAGGCUCAUGUUGGAUUCUAGCUGUAUGAAGAUAUUUGUGGACUUUUGUAAUGGUGACAUACAGGCUGCAAAAGAUGAAGUAGAAUAUUUCUUCGCACUUGCAAUGAAUCGAAUUGCCCUGUAUUAUUCCUCUCUUAAGAGACAUGGAAUUACCGUUAACGCGACAAAUAAUGUGACAUUUCCACUGGAUCUGACUGUUGUCUUGGAAAAUAUUACGUAUCCCUCUUAUAAUGAAACUACUAAAAGCUUUCAUGACAUACUACCGAUAGCAUUUAACAGACGAGGGGACGGAGAAAACACCUCCUUGGUUAUGAACUAUCUUUUACAUCCAAACGGAACACAGAUACGUAGUCACGGACUAUUCACAGACUUUGCUUCGUAUAUGCGCAAAACUUUUGAAGACCCGUUAAGUUUUGACAUAUUGCAUAUCAUUACAGGGGAUGAUUUGGUCGCAGAAAAGUACUUUUUACAUAACUCUAGGCCUUGGUUUUUCGAACGGGAUUCAUCAGUUUCCGGAAUUGCAGAUGUAGGGUCGUUCUGUAGUGACUAUCAGUCGUUUACAUUUGACGGUCGGUUUGGAAUUGUCGAAUUCUUCACACCGUACUUCGACCGUAUUGUUGCGCAUGAGCUUGGGCACAACCUUGGGGCUCGACAUGAUGGAAAUGAGCGAUGUCCAACAAGUGAUUUUACACUUAUGAUGCCAGCUGCACUGCCAAAAGUGAAAAAUGUGUCUGCAGAGUAUUACAACUUCUCAAUUUGUUCUGCAGAGGAGAUUGCAAAUCAUUUAUCAAGUUUCACAAGCGACAAAAUAGCAACAUGUCUGUACACUGAAAAGCCAUCCGUUGACGAUUUCCUAGACAAUUACUGCAAGGGACUGACGGGUUCAAAGUACGAUUUAAACGACCAUUGCAAAUUGUUUUUUGGAAACGAAAGCUACGUGUGCACUGAGGGAAAUACAGAUUUAGAACAAGGCUAUUUAGCGCACAAUAGCUGCCAACCAGUGCUCGAUGCCUUUUACUUGACCGCUCCACUUUUCAAAUGCGCAAAGAAUAACAAGUGUGAAAACACUACAAACAUGAUAUUCCAUGUAUUUGAUGGAUCGAAAUGUUUGAAUCAGGAUGGCACUCAAGGAGACCAGGUAUGUUUCAAUGGGGAAUGUACCUCAGAAUUUAGACUUUGUAGUAAGAUAUCAACAGGUGGCAGAAAAGGAAAAAGAACAAAGAAUGGCAAGAAAGGGAAAAGGAGAAAUAAAACUGAGAAGAUUGUAAAAACGAAACAGAAGAUUGUAGAAACGAAAAAGAAGAUUGUAAACACGAGAAAAACAAACAGGAAGAUUGUAAAAUCGAAACAGAAAAUUGUAAAAACGAAAACAAAAUUACAAACAGACAAAAUACGGAAAGAAAUAACGGGACCUAAAAGGUCAAACAGGAGAAGGUCGGAUUGAUGGAUGUAGAAAAUGAUCAUGAAAUUGUUUUAAUUUGCAGUGUACAUAUAUGUCUCAAAACAUAUUAGAUAGCGAUUCGUCUCGUAAAUUUUCGCACACCCCUAUGUCGGCUAAAUCAGGAUUGCGCUGAAAUAUCAUUAUUGCAAAAGAACCAUGAUGUUGCUUCACCGAUUACAUUUUAUGAGUUGAAGUGAUAUAUAGGGGUAUGAGAAAAGGUUUGAGACAAAUCGGACCUGUAUAACAAAAGUAUAUGUAUUUCUUAUCCAAAUCUCUUGUACUCAGUUUUGUUUAUCCCUCCGUUGAAUUUGAAGACAUGUUUAAGGAAAUAAACACUUUGACUAAGCAAAAUAUUUGAUGUACAUUUCUUUGCGAAUGAAUUCCGCUAGUAAUCCUUAAGGACUUCUCAAAGAAACUUUAAGUAAUGGUAGUGGGAGGAGAGUACAAGAAAAGGAAGAUUCUAUUCUAGGUGUUUCUCUGGUUCUUUAGCGUGGCAGUUGUCACGAGACACUUAUCAAAAAUUAAGAGAUUUUUAUUGGUGGAGUAGGGACUCGAACUCACAAACCCAGAUAUCAUAGUUAGACAGAGAAUUUUACCACUGGACCACUGUACGACGUAUGACAUGCAUUGCUAUUUAUAUUAAAACAAUUUUGUUAUUAUCCGGUGUGUUGAUGACGAUAUAUAAAGCAUAAAGGUAACAUUAUUUUGAGAAUUUCUUACUAUUCACCAUUUUACAUAACUUUUUUUCCAUGAAAUUUUGAAAUUGACUACAUACUUGGCGACGACUCUUCGCCAGAUAUGUAAUACAAUGACUGGCUUUGUUACCUUACAAAUAAUAGUAUGCAAUUAGAAAUACAUUCAAUAAAUCUAUAGUGUACAUGUAUAACUUUUGUAACAAUAAUCAGCUUUUAACAUUAAAUUACUACUACUGCUA